GCCUGCUGGUGGGUGUGAUUCUGCGGUUUGGCAUCCACGUGCCCCAAAGCAUGAGCGACGUGGUCCUCAGCUGCGCCGUCAAUGCCAGUCCUGCCACUUUGCUGAUCAACGUCAGCGGGCGAUUCUACGAGUACACGCUGAGGGGGGAAGUCAGCCGGAGCAAAGAUCAUCAAAUGGAAGACGAUGAGAUGCUGCGAAAGGUGACCUUUGACCCAGAAGUGUUUUUCAACAUUUUGCUGCCUCCCAUAAUCUUUCAUGCAGGCUACAGUUUAAAACGG